AUGUUUGGACGGAAAGAGAAAUCUAAGAGUAAAACCUGUGUGCCUACGGAGAUCCCCGGCUGGACCGAACCUCCCUAUUGUAUAUUAGGUAGUGAGUUAAGAGAACAUGGGUUAGCUGAAUCAUGGGACGAUAAACUUAAAGAUGUGGAACCUCUGGAUGUAGUAAGAACUCUGGAGGGAGUCCCCGUUAAAACUGGUGAUGAUGUUUCUCUCGGGAGACGAAGCUGGAUUUUGGCUUCUGCCUACAGACAAAUACAUAAAAAAUUGGAGAAGGAAAAAUUAUUAAAUAGAAAAUUAGAACAACAGUUAUUGGAAUUAGAUGGUAAGAAACUAAUUUUAGAAUGCCAUCAAAAGUUAUUGCAAGACAAAUUGGAUCAUUAUCAGAGAAUAGCAGAGAAAGCUGCUAUAAGGGUAGCUCAGGUGAAAUACAGAAAAAGAAAAGGGAAAGUUAACAAAGGAAAAGUGGCUAGUGCACUUUCUGUAGCUACGGUGGAAUGGGACCCUGAGACCUGGGAUGGGGAUAUUUGGGAUUCAACAGAUAGUGAGGAUAAUGAUGAAUAUCAAGUUGAAGAAUUAUCCCCACAAGCUCCUAUUAGAGCUCAGCCAGUCAAUAGGAGGCGUAGAACUACGGAAUAUGGCCCCGACCAUCGUCCGGUUAGGGGAAGAAAUGGAGAAAUGCUUCCCCUUCUGGAUGAGGGAGGAGAGCAAAUGAUAGGACCAGAUGGAGAACCUUUGGUUAUAACUGAGCCUGUCCCGCGUGUAAGGGAAAAGGCAGUAAUGGAAGAUUUUACCCAGGCUGAGGUAGAAGAUAUCUUGCAAAGAUUCCGUCAGAGAAACGGUGAAUCCGAUUUAGCCUGGAUGGUUAGAUUGUUUGACCACGGGGCAAACGGUAUUAGUUUAGAUGCCACUGAUAUAAUAAGAUUUUUGACCCUUACCAAAGAUCCAAUGGUGUCUAAAGUUUUUAGACACUAUUUUGAUGGGCGGGGUCAGGAACCCGCUAAUAUGCUUCAGAUAAUAGCCUCGGGGAUGAUGGAAAAAUACCCCACUGAGGCUGAUAUGCCCCGAAAUGAUAAAACAUGGUACACCCUUAGAGAUGGAAUAGAGAAGGUGAAAGAAGAAGCUAUGAGGUCUUCAUUGGGUUUUGUAGCUGAAAUGGGAAAUUAUUUGGAUACUAGGUUAACUGCAGGAAUUAGAGCUACAAUAUUAAAAACAGCUCCCCCGGCUUAUAAAGCAGUAAUGAUGACGUUGCUGUUGUCCCUUAUGGAUCAACCAUUGAGCCACUUGGUGGAUCGAAUGAGAGAACUGCAGGAUAUGGGGGUAUGGGAUAAACCUGACAAUGAGGGAAAGAGGUCUAACGAGACCCCUCGGAAGUCUCUCCCUCAGAAUCAAGGUCAGUCAGGGCAAGGAGGACAAGGUUCUCAAAAUAGAAUCUCUAGGAAAGAAAUGUUUCAGGCUUUGUUGAAAGCUGGUAUUAAGAAGGAAGAAAUAGAUGGAAAAGAUACGCAGGUAUUAUGGAGAAUGUAUAAACAGAAAGUGUUAUCUGCAAGAAAGGUAGACAGAGAUAGGAAAAAUGAUAAGAAAACCCCCAAAGAAGGGAGAGAAGAAGGGAUGCCUAAAUGGGAUGACUUUAAAAAGUUAUACCCCUGGGAAGAAAUAGCUGCAAUGGUAGCUAGCAAGGUCCAAAAUGUAGUACCUUUAACCCCUCCUAUAGGAACAGAGGGGGAGGAUUCAGAAUAG